AUGGCAUCCACACCCCCUCCAACAGCAUCUAAUAUGGAUUUGGUCGAUCUGGAAUCACCACCUCCCUCACCACCAUCACUCUCACCCACCAGGUCAUUCGCGUUAUUACCUAAAUUCACCUUCACUCAGGAAUCGUUGAUACCUGAGCCUCUCUCGCGAAAGGUAUCAUCGAGUAUCUAUGAUUCAGAUGGAACAGUCUCAUCGGCCCAGCAUGUAAAGAAAGCAGAGAAAAUCGAAAACCCUGUGGAAAACGUAAAACAAGAUGAAGAGAACGACGGACAAGAUACGAUUAUCAGUCCAACGGCGUUGUUGUCACCCACCAUGUCACUCUCUUCCUUCCCCAUGAAGAGAGACGGAUCAGGAUCAAACUCAUCGGAUGGUACAGCUACUUCCAAGGGAUCCUUGAGUGCAGCUGCUACUCCAUUUACGUUCGUCAAGAAACCAACACAAUUAUCGAUAGUUCGAAAAGGUACACCACCUUCCUUCAAUUUUCAUGAUAAUCAAACUACUAUACAGGACACUCCGACAUCGUCUAAACGAUCCUUCAACCCAUAUUCCCCUUUACCAAAUCAAGGACAAACACAUACUCAAACACUACCUACUUAUCCUUACCAAUCGGCUAGGCCAUCUUAUGGAGACUGGAAUCUUCAUUUAAACACUUAUGAUCAAACGGUCACGAUCCAAGAGCCAAAGGAAGACAUCACUUCUCCGAGACAAUCUAAAGCUAUUAGGAUUGUUUCUCCCUUGCAAGACUCCUCCAAAGCGAAGAAGAGUAGAGUUGAUUCUUCACCAUCCCAAGAUAACCAUCCUCCUUCUUCGUCCUUCACACCCACACCCACUAAAGAGAGAAAAGACACUACUCUUAGAGAAAGGAGAGGUAAAGCAGAUAUCCUUAGUCUUUACUCUCAAUCCCAAAUCAAACAGGUCAAAGCGUUAUCUUCGAAUGAACAUGAUGAUCCGAGCGUAAAAGUCGGUUCCCAUUCAUUCUCAGAUCCAAAACCCCCAUCAGUGUUCGACAAUUAUUGUUUCUCUUUCUCUCUUCCUUCUUCUUCUACUACACUAGCUGGGAAUAUACCUUCUCCAAUUCAUAUUGCUACAGCUUUACUGGCGAAAGCUACUAGUACACCUCUACCUGUUACACCGACUACAGCUUCGUCCGCCACAAUGGACGGCAUCCAAGAUGCUCAAGAAGUCUUCUCGCCUUUACCGCAAGAGGUGCCUCUCCCUCUUUCUGCCAGUACAAUGCCAUCCGGAUCUUCUCUACCUACUACCCCCACCAAGCCUUCGUUUCCACUAGAUACCCCUCAAGCCGUAUCCGUGUCAUUGGACGACGAGUCGAGCGAAACUCGUCAUAAAAGAUCACAACCAACUGAACUGACUAAGCAGUCCAUUGCUGAGCUUGACGGGAUGGAAGAGAUCCUACAAGAGAUCGAAGAGUAUGGUCAGAUAGAAUCAGACAGGAAAGAGGCGGAAGGCCUUUACAUGGGCAGAAUGGAGGAAGUCAUGGCUCGUAUCAAGAAUGCCGCCAUGCAUCACAUCUGUCUCGAUCCGUCUAAAACGAAAGGAAACCCUUCACAAGGAAAGGAGAGAACUUCGCUCGAAGAACUAUAUCGAUCAACAUUCCUAAACCUCCAAGCUCAGAACCUUACCCUCAAAAAAGAGAUCCACGAAUGUCAGAACGCCAACACGACUCUGGAGGAGAAAAACGAAAUUCUGGAGAAAUCCGAAAGAUCAAAGCAAGAAGAACUCGACGAAGCUUAUAAACAAUUCGGUCAUUACAAAGCUGAAGCUGACGUCGUCAAAUCGAAGUUACAAGAGUUGCUCAUCCAGCAACAUCAAUUGGAAGUUGACAAACUUCACUCCGAUAAGAAAGGCGCUAAAGUUGCUAAGAUGUACCAUAAAGCUGUGAAGGAGAAAGAUAGAUGGGAAGAGGCUGCGAAUGAGCUUCAGCAACGGCUGGAUACCUGGCAGAUUUCGACGUCCGUUACUGAGACUGAGAAACCAGAUAAGGACAAGGAAUUGCCAUUUGUGGCAGUCCUUCUCGAAGGGCAUGCUCGAAUGUUCGAUCACAAGUUGAUUCAGAAGGGUGAAGCAGGGGGUCGAGAACUUGCAAGUCGCCUCGACGAGGCGGUCAAUUCAGUCUGGAAAAGACAGAAUCCGGGUUCAAGUUCGUACUUGAUCGUUGUACACUUGUUCAUUGAUGUGGUAACAGUCACCAAGCAGCUUAGGACAGUCGGCAUCACACAUGACCAUGCACAAUUCCGCAGCUUCCUGGACGGUCUCACUGCCCAUUCGGAACUGUCCAUUGCUCAAGAUUGUCCGGAUUCGGAACAAGCAUAUAACAAGAUGACAGAGUAUAUAAAACUAUACUCCCAUACUCCAAACUGCAAGAUUAUACUCUUGGGCAUGCCUGAGGCCAGCAAAUACCUCCGUUUCCUCGAGUUGCUGAAGACACGUGGGGUGCGGGAUAUCAUUAAUGGUAUCCAGAGUACCAAGCAGGCCGAGGAUCCUCUCAGAGUCCUGGGAGCUGACAGACUGGUAGAAGUCCCUGGCCUUUUUCCGAUGGAGGAGGUAGAAUGGACCAGACUAUAUCAGCGAUCCAAAAUUUCGAACGAUGUUUCCGUCACCUCAAGUAUCGCAUCGUCGAGAGUUUCGAGUGUCGCUUCAAGAUCAUCAAGCGCUUUGUCGAAUCACACUAUUCGUGCGCAAUCACCUCAUCAUGAACGUAAAGAAGGAUCAUACCAGAGAUCAUCAUCCUUAACUGUCAAGUCAUCUCACCUUGCUGAUCCCACUCCCAUUCCUCCAUGGAACCGACCUGCUCUAUCCGCCAAGCAAGCCCCAAAAGCUACGAGCGAUUUCGUAUCCGUGAUUGAUCGUCGAUAUAACCUGUCACCACCUUCCAGUCCUCGAAAUGUUAAAUCAACUAUCCGAAGUACUACUUCACCAACACCAGGAAGAAAGACUACAGUCAAAAACAAGCUUGUAGUCCCAAUCAAUCCAGAAAUUGAUAACAUCGGAGGAUCUCCUCCUUCAAGUGACGAGGAUGAGCCGUCUGUGCAGCUACCUCAUUCAGCAGUCAAGCAUGUUCAAAGACCUACGACAAUCGUGCAAGAUGCUUCCGAUGAGGAUGAUGAUGACACAGGACUACCUGAAGGGUUCAGAAUCCGCGGAGCUACCAACCCCGCUAGGAAGCUAUCUUCCCGUAUUGGCCCUCCCCACCCUAUGGCUUUUCCCCCUUGGGAACACAAGGCAUCGACUCUAAGUCCUGCUCAAGCUCCAAGAAAUUAUAAGGAAAUCAUCGGCAAGCACAUGGCAAGAGAUGAACGAUCGGCCAGUAUCAGCUCCUUGAGCUACGGCAGUGUGAACUCGAUUCCUCUUGGCAGUCGAAUAACUCGAAGAUCCUCGAUUUCGACUCAACCUGAAGAUCGAAUGUUUAGCUCUGGGUCACAGGACAUAGGCGGACAUCGAGCUAGGCGAAAGGCUGAGGAUUAUAUGUUUCUAAGUAGACUCGACCCUAAACCAUGCCAUCACCAUUAUCUUGAGGGCCUUUGUCCUAACACUCAUUGUAAAUUCGCACAUGGUCUAUCUCUUACGUUGAAGCAACAUAAAUUAUUGAGGGAUUUGGCCAAAGAGAUGAACUGUUUUGUGGUCACUCAUGGGACUUGCAAGAAAGCAGAAUCAGAUUGUAUAUACUCUCAUCGAUGUCCGCUUGGACGUGAAUGUAAUUUUGGAACGAAAUGUUGGUUCCAUGAUACCCCGGGAGCUCACGAUUUUGAUCGAUUGGUUUUUUGGCUGUGGGUAUAG